AUGACCUUUACAGCUCUGGUUUUUUACACCUUUGAAUAUGCUUAUGGGAAAAUCAAUUACACUUUUUUUUUCGCUGCCAAUAUUUAUUUUUGGCACUGUCUUCCCAGAUGUAUGGAGAGUCUGGAGCCUAAGGCUCCCACCUGGACGGAGAAUGACCUGCUGGUGCUGAUCACGGAAUACUGGAAGCGGAAGGAGAUACUGCGUGCCAAGGCCUCUGAGAGCGUGACAAACCUGCAGAAGCGGGAAUGCUGGAUCGAGAUCACGGAGGUGGUGAAUGCACGCUGCUUCAGUCCGCACUCCAAGAAAACCAUGGACCAGCUCAAGCGCAAGUGGGAGAAGACCAUCAUGCUCGCCAAGAAGGCUGCGCUCAGCAUACAGAAGCGGUCGGGCAACCUGUCGGACCUGGCCCCGGCCUACCAACUGGCUCUGUCCAUCGUCUGCGAGGACUUCCCGGCAUCCCUGGAGUGCCAGAACGGCCUCGCGGCAGCAGACGCGUCCUCUCUCACUGAUCACCAGCACGCCACCUACAUUGACGAGGUGUCCAGCAUGGUCAUCACGGAGCUGGAAGAAGAGUCGUCGACGGACGCUCCUCCACCGGCCUCGGAGCACAAGACUCGGCAGCCAAUCAGGACGGAGAUGCUGAGCGAGGGUGCUGAGUGUCCGCAUCCGCUGGGCAGCCGUCCCUUCCAGCCGGUCUUGGCCGUGGGGCCCGAAGACGGCGCGGCCUCAGCGGCAACGCUGGACGCCCACUCCAACCAUGGGGCAGAAGCAGACGAAGACGACAGGUUUGACUUCCCCUCCAAGUCGGGCCAGAAGCGCAAGUGGGACCCUGACCUGAUUGAGCUGCAGCGGGAGAAAGUGCGCCGGCAGAUCCAGUACCACAGGACGCAGCACGAGCUGCAAAUGAGCGUGCUCCGGGCGCAGAUGGACUUCUGGGACAUGAAGAAGUCCAAGCUGGCUGCCGAGAUUCGCCAGAUGGCUCCCGUGCGGUCCCCCGCUCCCGCUGUCACGCCGGACGACCCGUCGUAGGGUCCAGCCUCGCUGCUCCGUCUGGACAUUCCAGUCGUGCUCAAUGGUCAAAGUCGUCGUUCCAGACGGCUUAGGUUGUAAGCCGCAAAUCUGCACAUCUGUACCGUCGUUGGACCCACGGGCAACGUGAUGAAAUGCUCGGAUAGAUCGUCGUUCGAGCUUUUCGUCUGGUUUUGGCCGUGGAAAGACGUAUUGUGUUUUGCCGAGAAUCGAUUCCAAGGAGCCGACACUCUGAGUCGUGAAUUUACAGAUGCAGAGGAUGUGCUGAAUGCAGAUCUGCAGCAAGUGAGGUGUGGAGUGUUAACGUACAGGUUGUUCAAUUUCAAUUUGAACAGAUUUUUUUAAAAAUGGGAGGUUUGAGUGUCAUACAAGUUCCGUCUUCAUGUAUUUAUCAGGUUCGGUGGAUGUUAGAUGAGGGGAUAAUCGUCACGGUAAGUUGACUAAAUAACGAAAUUCUCUUAAUUAGCUUGUUAAUUAUUGAUUUUAGGGUUCAUGUUGGAAUUGCAGUAUUGACGGCAAUUAAAAUGAGAAGCAAGACAGAUUUAAAUAGUUUUGCGAAAAGGUAAUUGUUUUUCAGAUAUUAAACGACCAAUUUUCGUUAUCGCCCAAUCAGAAAAUUGUGCUAAAAGAAAGUGUUGCACGCCCACAAUGACGGUUUGAAGAGUGACAUCGUCGUUUCUAUCAUGUCAUCAAUAUCUCGGCAGCGUGACCUUAAUGGGUGUGCUGAGGACCAGUGACAACGUGGCUAUGUUGCUCGUCCAAGCGUCAAUUUGGGCAGGGCUUGAUGCGCUCUUUUUUCGCACGGUUUUUAUAUCGGUCAGAACAAAUGCAAAAAUUUAUUAAUUAAUAUCUCGAUAACCACUAUUUUUUUGCAAAUUCUUUAAAUUUGUCUUUCCUGUAAUAGUAUUUGCCAUCAAUACUUCAGUUUGCAACAUGGCCCCUAAAAUGAAUAAAUAAAAAGUAAAUUAACAUAUCUUAGUUAAUUAGUCAACUUAGCAUGCCGAUUAUUCCCUAAUCGAGCAUUAUAAAUACAUGGUGAAGACAGCACUUGCCUAACUCUCACCCCUUUUUUCUAUAUCUGUUGGAAUUAAAAUUAAACACCUUGUAUGAGCAUCUGCAAGUUGCCAGGUGCAGCAUGAACGUUAUCCUUUUGUUGAUUGACAACUUUCCCCACCCGGUCUUGCAACCAUGUACAGAGAGGUCUUGCAAACAUUGGUAGCACCGCAGCUCGCUCCUCACCUUUCCCUCGAGGAUAACUAACGUCUUAUCAACAUUGGUGGGACGUUGCGGAUGUUCAUGGAUGUCGGUGAUGUCUCGCGGACAUACGGGUAUGGGAUGUCAGAUUACAGAAUGCUCGCGACAGGCCGUAAUUUACGAAACGUAUAUGGGACGUCACUCCAGGGGACUUUUUUUUGGAUGUUGUGGGCGUCGGGCAGAUGCCUGAUGGGCAGCGCUGAUGAGUGUUGGUAGCUUCCGCACGGUUACAUUCAAAUUCAGUAACAGCCAAUGGACGUUCAUAGGACGUGGCUGAUGUUUGAAACAUGGUGUGUCGUAUAGGUCCUUUUUCCAUGCUUUCCGAUAUUUCCUUCAUGCACUGUGUGUUCUCCGCUUUGCGGAUGACAACACAGCCAUUCCAUCAGUCGUGACUCUCGCCGUUCAGUCUCAUGGUUCGUACAAAUUUCCAGUGUUGCAUAGGGUGCUCCGUGUAAUUAUUAAGAGAAUGGGAGUUUUCCCCUUGUCUGUACUUUGAUAAAUGUAUAUUUUUUGUAUAUGGAAUAAAUUAUGUUUCUCCGA